AUGACGCCAAACCCUCGUCUGGAGGACUGCAUGAUAUCUCUGCAUCAACAGCCACCGAUGGCUGGCGGAUUGCUGCUGCCGAUCAAGCACAUCAUCAGCUCACUCAACAUCACCAUUGCGCCCUGCUCCUGUAAUAUAUGCUAUUUUCAAAACGACCCGUAUCACUCGCUCAAGAAGUGGAUCAAGUACCUCGAGCCCAUCUGUCUGACUGGCCACCUCAACAAGGUGGUGCUGCGCGUCUUCCACAGCGCCACGCCAGACACUGGCGCGCCCUCCAGCGGCGGCGCCGCCACGCACUCCUCAUCAUCAUGCGGCCACUCCCACGCUCACUCUGCCGCCUCACCCAUAUCGAAUUUGGCGACGAUCAGCAGCAGCGACUCGAUCUACGACAGUCUGGCGCCACAGUUGCACGCUCUACAAGAGUGCACGGUCGAUCAUGGCUUCUCCAAGGACUUCCACCAGCAACGCAGCCAUCUGCUUGAUCUGGAGAAGCCGCUCACUCUGCCCUUCCGCGACAUUGGCGCUGUCAUCCCAUUGUCCGUCCUUGCAUCGCUACUCAACAAGCACAUCAGCAACCUCAAGGUCAGACUGUGCAUUGACCUGCCCUACUCCAAGCGCAAAGAGGCAGAGUUCUUUGACAACAUUGUAACACUAGGAAACCUCUCAGAGAUUGGACUAUUGACUCACGAUCCACUCGAUCCAAGCUAUAGUGCAGCAUGUAAAGCUAGUCAAAUGAUACUGGAGAAGUUGUUCUCAACGUUCUUCGCAUCACCUUUCACAUUCAUCAACUUGAGACGAAUGUACCUCAUCACGACCAAUGUCGACAAGACCGUGUUGGGCAACUUUAGCAGCCACCUGCCAAAUUUGGAGGGCCUGCAUCUGUCCGUCUGGAAUGAGGACUUGUACAAACUUUUUGAUGAUAUUACCGGCGCCUUUGGAGGCAAGCUCAAGGAGCUGAGCGUUCGCUUCGCCACCUGCCACGGCAUCAAGUAUUCGACAUCAUUCUCGCAUCGAGACCGCGAGCUGACCGACCCAAUGGUCGAACUUCUGACCAGCCGGUGCCCCAACCUCAACCACUUCUCAUUCGAGGGCUGGUUGCCCAGUCUCUCCGAGGUCGCUCUCCGACACUUUGGAAAGCUGAAACUCAAGCACUUGGUCUUGAAGAAUGGAUUCGACACUAGGAUCUGCAGACCAAUAUGGGCCAGACUAAAGUUGGAUGUUGAAAGCUCGACAUGCAACUUUAUCUCGGAGAAGGAGUUGAUACGAUUCGUGUCUGGACAGCCCAACCUCAAGGUGUUUGAGUUCUCAGCGUCCGAGCUGGACAAGUUCACCUCGUCGGUUAGACCACUCACAUUGUCGUCUGGCUCGCCAAUGGCAACACCGGCCACCAUCAUGUACAGGAAUCUGAUAUCGGACGAGUUCAUUCACAACCUGCUUGGAUCAUGCCCCCUGAUCAAGUUUGUCAAGGUGUUGGACAACUCGAACAACCGCGUCUACUACCGUGGCAACAAGUCCAACUACCUGAGGAACAACCAUGCAGAGUUUAGCGAGCAGGUGCAGCAGGCUCAACAACAGCUGCAAUCACCUCAGUUCUCGCUGUCCCAGCACUACCCCUAUCAGCCACAUAAUGGUGCUCAGACCGUCGACAAGACCGAACUCUUCACCAUCAACUGA